CCACUGCUCUUGGGCAGCGGACACGGUGCAUCUUCUCCAGUUUCAAAGCGUUUUGCCUUUGUGCUGAGGCUUGGGAACAGCCAUUUAACAUCCGGCAGCAGCUCCUCGUGGUGUGUCAGAUCCACCCUGGCAACGGAUUGUCACAGCUUAUUUGUGGAGAGUGCCUUUACAAAGUGGAACUGUUCAAUGAAUUCAGAUCAUCAGCACUGAAAUGUGAUAAGAUGCAGCAAGAUUACAGACAGUUAUGGGAUACACACCUUUUGUCUGAAAUAGAUAGAGUAUCUUGGAGUUCAUCACCAGAUGGCAAUGGCAGGUUCCGACUACCAUCACUAGCACUGGCACGUGUAAAGACAGAACCUCCCAGCUGUGAUGCAUCAUCCCCAGCCACAAGACCAUCAGAACAACCCAAGGAUGUUGACAAGGAGGCAUGCCCAACAGAGAUUGACCACGAAGAAGUGAUGUGCUUGACAGAGGAGCGGCGAAAGAGACGUUCUACUUCUCUUUAUUCACGCGCGCCCUGUCCUGAAUCUCCGGGAUGCCCAUACAUAUGCCGAUACUGCAAAAAGGAGCUACCAACAUCAAUGUCCUUAGCUAACCAUGAGCGUAAACACAUUGACAAUGUGUGCCUAAUUUGUGAUGAGAAGCUGCCCAGCGAGAAAGCCCUGCGCUUGCAUGUGCGGACUGUCUGUAAUAAACUGAAUGCAGUAAAUGAAGAGCCAGAAAAUGAAGUGUCUGAUGAGCAUUUCAAGUGUGGCACAUGCCUAAGGAUCUUCCGCUCAUGUAUUGCGUUGUGGCGGCAUUGCGUUUGCCUUUCUCACAAUCAGCCACAAAGUGCUGACCAGCUUCAGGGCACCAGAAUUCCCCAAGAGGAUAAGAAAGAGUUACCAAAACGACAUCCAACAGGAAGUGUCGGCAGAGGUCGAGGUAUGAGUGGAUAUGGCAGAGGUCGAGGUAUGAGUGGAUAUAGCAGAGGUAGGGGUGUAAGUGGAUAUAGCAGGGGUCGGGGGGUAAAUCGAUAUGGCAGAGGUCGGGGUGUAAGUGGAUACAACAGAGGUCGAGGGAAGAAAAUGGUUCUCAACAAGCGGCGCGUAUGGGUGUAUGAUAAGACACCAUGUGAUGUUUGUGGUAGAAUUUUCACGUCGAAUUGUGGGAUGCUCAUCCAUCGAACACAUGCCCACAAAUAAUAAGGUGUGUGAUUGUGUGUAACAUUCAAGAUUGAUGAAUUCUUGUUGUCAGAAGUGUAGACAAUAUUGUAACAGUGGCCGUAACUGUGACAUUCAUCCACCCAUGCUCCAUUUUAAGGUAAUGGAAGUUAUAAGGUGAAAUAUAAUGUUUUGAUAUUUUUUCCUUAAGUUAUUAAUUUCUGAGGUAAUUUGUUCUGAGAACUGUGUGUAAAGAACAGUUUUUUCUAUGAGUGUUAAUUUAAGGAGCUAAAACAUUUAUGUAUUGUGACAUUUGAAGACAUGUUUGAGAUUUCAGUUUAUCAGACUAAUAUUGAUGUUAAAAUCAUGUAACUGAAUUUCACUGUGGCUAUAGGGUGGUACUGGAAUUUCAGUGAAUCCUUGAGAGAUUCUUCAGAUUAUUAAAAAGACAUCUUCUGUUGUAUCUAUUUUCAUUAUGUUCCUAUAAAGCUUAUGUUAUAAAUAUAAUUGUGUGUGGUUGACUUCCGAAAGGAAAAUUUGCGUUGAUGAUAAAUGCUACUUCUGCCGUCAGAAAAGGUGUGUUGUUUCUGAUUGCUUAAUAAUAGUAAAGAAUAUGUAUAUGUA